CCAGCAAAACAAAUUCUACGUUCAUAUUUGCAUCUUUUUUAUAUUAUUUACCUGAUUGAUCAAACAGGGUCCAACAAUAUUUCCAAAAAUGGCUACUGCUGCUUCCCCCAUGGCAAGCCAGCUGAAGAGCAGCUUUGCAUCUUCUUUAACCAGAGGCAGUGGCCUUGUCACUCCAAAAGGCAUUUCUGGUGCACCCUUUAAGAUCUUCCCUUCAACAAGGAAGUCUUGCUUCACUGUCAAGGCUGUCCAAACUGACAAACCCACUUUCCAAGUGAUUCAGCCCCUUAAUGGUGACCCCUUCAUUGGAAGUCUUGAAACUCCAGUAACCUCAAGCCCAUUGAUUGCAUGGUACUUGUCCAACUUACCUGCCUACCGGACCGCAGUGAGCCCACUUCUCCGAGGAGUAGAAGUUGGCCUGGCCCAUGGAUUCUUACUGGUUGGGCCAUUUGUAAAGGCUGGUCCAUUAAGAAACACACCUUAUGCAGGGGGAGCUGGUUCAUUGGCAGCAGCAGGACUUGUUGUGAUCCUUAGCAUGUGUUUGACUAUUUAUGGAAUUUCAUCAUUCAAAGAAGGAGAGCCAUCAACUGCACCAUCUUUGACAUUGACUGGCAGGAAGAAAGUGCCCGAUCAAUUGCAAACUGCAGAUGGAUGGGCCAAGUUCACAGGUGGAUUCUUUUUUGGUGGAAUUUCUGGUGUCACUUGGGCUUAUUUCCUCCUUUAUGUCCUCGAUCUUCCUUACUAUGUCAAGUAGAUUUUUCAAUUUCUGCAAUUGAUGUAACUAUUUUGAAUGCUAAAUUGGAUAUGAAAGUUGUAUAUUG